CAAAAUCGAGUCGGUCCUAAAUGUUUACCGUACCUUACAGGUAUUAUUGAUUUAGUAUGGUUUAAGUAUAAGUAACACAAUUCACCAAUGAGUAACUUAGUUAAUCAUUUAAAGGAUUUCUUUUCCUUAGAGACGUUGGAUGGACGUCUUAAACCUUCGGAAAAUCAAUUAAAAAGACAAGCUAUUAUUAAUCGAGUUAAUCCUCAAUCAAGAUGGUCAAGUUUAGAAUUUAAAUUAUAUGGAGUAGUAUUUGCAAUAAUUGUACCAUUAAUGUUUAAAACUGGUAUGGAUGCUUCAAAUGAAACUAAUCCAAAUUAUCCUCGAUUUGCUCAUUUAUUAAGUAAUGGUUGGAUGUGGGGUCGUAAAGUCGAUAAUUCAGAUCAACAAUAUAGAUUCUUUAGAGAUAAUUUUUUAAUGUUAUGUGGAUUAAUUUCAAUUCAUUGUUUAUUAAGAAGAAUUGUUAAUAUAUUUUCUGGCACAAGAAAGAGAACUUAUUUUGAUUUUGGAUUUGGAAUCUUAUUUCUUAUUGGAGCUCAUGGAGUUAAUUGUUUAAAAAUUUUUAUUCAUAUAUUAAUAAGUUUUUCAAUUGCUCAUUAUAUUCCAUCUUAUAAAAUUGCAAUUACAUUAGUUUGGAUAUUUGUAAUUCUGACAUUAUUUAUUAAUCAUCAUUUUAGAAAUUUUAAAAUUGGUGUAUCAUUAGUUGAUGAUGGAUUUAAAGGUAUUAUUGCAAGAUGGGAUGUAUUCUUUAAUUUUACUUUAUUAAGAAUGUUAUCUUAUGCCUUAGAUUAUUUAGAAAAGAAAAGACAAAAUGGUAAUUUAUUAGAAAAACUGAAUUCUAAUCUUUCAAAUCUUGAUGAUAGACAAAGACUUGAAGCUCCUUUACCAAUUAGUGAUUAUAAUAUAAUUAAUUAUAUUGCAUAUAUUACUUAUACUCCACUUUUUAUUGCUGGUCCAAUAAUUACUUUUAAUGAUUAUAUUUAUCAAUCUAAUUAUCAACAAUUAGCCACGGUUACAAAUUAUAAAAGAACAUUUAUUUACUUUUUAAGAUUAAUGUUUUGUAUUUUUGUUAUGGAAUUUAUUCUUCAUCAUAUGUAUGUUGUGGCUGUAUCAAAAACUAAAGCAUGGAAUGGAGAUAGUCCAUUUCAAAUUUCAAUGAUUGGAAUGUUUAAUUUGAAUAUAAUUUGGUUAAAAUUAUUAAUUCCAUGGAGAUUAUUUAGAUUUUGGAGUUUAUUAGAUGGAAUUGAUCCACCAGAAAAUAUGAUUAGAUGUAUGGAUAAUAAUUUUUCAGCCGUUGCAUUUUGGAGAGCAUGGCAUAGAUCAUAUAAUAAAUGGAUUGUAAGAUAUAUUUAUAUACCAUUAGGUGGAGGUGGUAAAUAUCGAAUUUUAAAUAGUUUAUUUGUGUUCAGUUUUGUAGCAAUUUGGCAUGAUAUUGAAUUAAGACUUUUAAUGUGGGGUUGGUUAGUUGUUAUAUUUUUAUUACCUGAAAUAUUAGCUACUUAUGCUUUUAAAAGAUAUCAAGAAGAAUCAUGGUUUAGAUAUUUAUGUGGAUUUGGAGCUGUUAUAAAUAUUUGGAUGAUGAUGAUUGCUAAUUUAUUUGGUUUCUGUUUAGGUAAAGAUGGUACACUUCACUUACUUCAUGAUUUAUUUAGAACAUUUAGUGGUAUUCAAUUUUUUAUACUAUCAUCAGGUGCAUUAUUUGUAGCCUCACAGGUUAUGUUUGAACUUCGGGAAAAUGAAAUGAGAAGAGGUAUUAAUGUUAAAUGUUAAGUUUAAGUUUAUUAUUGUUAAUAUGUUUGCAUUUUAAUAUGGUUGUAUUUUAAUAUGGUUGUAUAUGGUAGGCUCUCCUUACAUAGUUAAUGUUCAUACUAUU